AUGGCCAAGCAUGGAGCUCGGACCAAAGCGAGGUCAUUUCUCAUCGAUGGCCUUCUAUUUGUCGGUGGAGUUUUGGUGGCUCUUCUAACGGUUUGGGCUCUCUCGUCCUUCAUAAACCCCAACCCUAGUUUUGGUUUCUCAAAGAACGAAGCGAAGGCAUUGAUUUCUUCAAAGAAGCGAGAUUGUGCUGGGGGUGUGCACGGGGUUAACCUGCGCAACGACCCGGAUGACCCGACAUUCUACGACGACCCAGAACUCAGUUACUCCAUAGGAGGACAGGAGAUUGAGAGUUGGGACGAGAAACGAUGGGAUUGGCUGAAGCAUCACCCGCCGUACGCUGCCGGAGCAGGCGAUCGGAUUCUGCGUGAACCCAACAAAUGGUUAAUAGCAAUUGACGGAAAUACCAUAUCGAAACGCAUUGAAAGCAGGACUGAUGCAUCAACUGUGCGGAAGGAAUUCACAACUCCAGAUGGUAGAAAGUACUACUACAAUAAGGUUACAAAGCAAUCUAAAUGGCAAAUUCCUGAGGAAUUGAAGGUGGCUCGUGAACAAGCUGAGAAAGAAGCUAGCCAAGGAACACAACCAGAAAUUAUUACGACUUCUAAUGCAAUGGAAAAUGUCACCAUCUCUUCUGUGGAACGAUCAUCUACUGCAGUAACUUCGGUUAGCUCCAUCUCUUCUUCAACAAUAUCCGGGCUAACUUCAAGCCCAGUUCCAGUUACGCCAGUUGUUGCUGUUAAUGCUGCUCCUGUGGUGGUUUCUGGAUCCUCAGCCUUUCCCAUUGCACAUUCUGCUGCAACAAGUGCAGUUAUUACUUCUUCUGUUGGUGCAACUAUCACACCCUCAUCUGCUGCUUUAGUUGCAACUGAUACUAUGCCAGUGAGUAGCUUUGAAAAUUCAUCAUCCCAUGAUGUCUCAAAUUCUGUAGAUGGAGCUUCUAUGCAGGAUAUUGAGGUAUGGCUAGUUAAAUAGAAUGUGUUUAGAAGUUAACUGGACCAACUUUAUUUCAGUGGUGGCUUUCAUUGUGUUGUUCUUU